AAUUGAUGAGGUCCACCACCCGCUGCGCACCCCUCCACCACACGGCACAAAGCAGGCUCUAUUUCCAGAGGCGCCACCUUUCCUCAUAAUAUAUAUGUGGGUGUGUCUCCUGAAGCCACGCCCCUUCUUUCUGUCCAUAAAUUCAGCCUCUGCUUCACCCCCGCUCUCAGCAGUCAUGCCUCUUUCUCGCCGCUGCUCGUCGUUCUCAAGACAAACAUCCCAUGAACUUCCAGUCUCAUCCUUUGGGGGGCGAAGUAUCAUUGCCCCCCACAGUGUACCCUUAGGCUAUGGCUCCCUUGUGAAAAUGGGACACAGUCCAGGUACACGGAUGUGUCGGCGUGCUCUUGGUAUCAGCAGCGUCUUUCUGCAAGGAACGCGCAGUAGCGCCACCCUGGUUGUUGACAAGAACCGCAACUGGGACAGAGGACAGGGACUGGAGCGAUGUCUGAAGGAAUAUCGGGAAAAGGUGAGGACGCUGGAGAACCUAAACCAUGAAGUCCAACAUGAAAUAAGACUGAGACUGGAUAAGAAGAUGGACAGCGCCAACUAUUGGACGAACCUUAAGAAAGAAUGGGAGGAUGUCUACAGACAGGUGAUUGACGGAAUGCUUGACAAUGCUCGUCUGACACUGAAGACGGAGAACAUUCAUGCCAAUGCUGAGGACAUCAGACAGAGGUUGGACAGAGAACAGUCAAACAGGAAGUUGCUGCAGGAUGAGCUUGAUGCACUUCACAGAGUAAAUGACCAAGCCAACCUGGCGAGGGCGGAGCUAGAACAGCAGCUGGAGAGGCUUAGGGCGGAGCUUCAAGAGCUGCAGCAAAUCCACCAGCAGGAUGCCAGCGCCCUCUACAGUCAGGUGUGGGGCCCACAGGUGGAACAACAUGCUGAUCUAGUCCAUCAGGGUCUGGACCAGUUCCUAAAGAAGAUUCAGGAGGGGUGGGAGGAGCUGACACAGACGAACAGGGAGUUGUCACAGGAGCAGCAAAGUUAUACAGGCAGUUCAGAGGAGAAGCAGGUGGAGGCGCUCAAGUGCCAGGGUCGGCAGUUCAGUGGUGAGAUCCAGAGUCUAGAGGUGGAGCUGGAGUCCAUCAGAACACUGAAACGUGGCCUGGAAAACUCGCUGGCCGAUGCCUGUCGUUGGCAGAACAUGGAGCUGCAGAACCUGGGCUCGGUGCUGACCCGACUGGACGCCGAGCUGAACGACGUGCGGGCAGAAAUAGAGCAGCAACGUCGACAUCACUAUAGUCUGCUGAAGGACCAGAAGGGAUUGGAGCAGGAGAUCACAGAGUACCAGCAGAUUCUAGACCUGGAGGAUCACACCGUCCAACAGGAGGCACUGUAAGCAAGGAACAGACUGACACAGGUUUGUGGGCGGGGCCUCUGGACCUCGUGGUGUCUCCCAACUCCAGGACUGAGAUGAUCACAUGACCAGGAAUGACAUCAUCCAUAAACAACACACUGCUGCCAACAAUUUAACAACCAAUAAAUGAUUACGUCUAUUUGUAUCUUCACUCAUUUUUCACCGACGACAUCAUCAUGACAUCACCUAACAAAAACCCCAAAAAGCAGCAAAACCUAAAGGUUGUUGCGAAUCUGAAGUCUUUAUUUUAAAAUAAAUAAAAGGUAAGGGGAAUAACACGUCGUCACAGCAGAUACAGUUACACUUUCUGACAUCACUUCCUGUUUUCCACUGUCUCAUGAUGGCAGCAGAAUCGAGAAA